AUGUCGCAGUCACAACGAGUCUACUUUCUCGCCCAUGGCCGAGUCCAAGGCGUAAGCUAUCGAUACUUUGCGCAGAAGAAAGCCGCCGAGCAUAGCAUCACAGGAUGGUGUCGAAACACCGAGAACGGCAAAGUUGAGGGAGAGGCACAAGGACACGCAGACUCGAUCAAAAUGUUCUUGAAGGAACUUGACAAGGGCCCAACACAUGCACAUGUGGUUAAGUUGGACCAAGAAACUCGAGAUGUACAAGAAGAUGAAGCUCAGUUCGAAGUCCGACGAUAG